CUCUAUGUCACUCUCAAGUGUGUAAUCUUUACUCUCAAUGAGAGCUUGGCUGGUUUUACAUCUUUGGUUGAUCUUUUCUGCAGGGUUGCGCUCAUGAUGUAUUGAAUGGAAAAAAACGUUAUCGCUUUGUUUUUAUUCUUACUUAUGUUGCUUGUUCACGGUUUACGACAUUUGCCAGUGUCUUCCUAUUAUAUUCAGAUGAUUUUUUUUCUACGCCACCUUUAUCUCCUUUGCUCUCCGGCUUUUGCCCCUUCUCGAUUCGGUGUCUGAUGAAAACCUUUCCAUGGUCUCUCUUGCUCUCAUCUACCUUGCAUACUUUCCGCUU